CGAGUAUUUUGUGACAUGACUUCAAAGAAUGGUGUUGGUGUGACAGAGAUUGGACAUGACAGUGAAUCAAGAACACUUAUGGACGGAUACGAUGGUAAAGGCUCUUAUACACGAACAAUUAAGUAUGGAAUUUCUAUUGAGCAGAUCGUCGCUAUUAUGAAUCAGUCAAUAAAUUGUGAGCAGUUCAUAAAGUAUGAAUGUUAUCAUAGUAUGCUGUUAAAAGACUCGACUGGUUGGUGGGUAUCACGUCAAGGCACAAAUAUGACUUACUGGGGUGGAGCGGCAGUCCACAGCGGAAACUGUUCAUGUGGAAUGACCAACAGUUGUGCAGGUAAAAAGAAAUGUAAUUGUGACAAAAAUGACAAAACAUGGCGUGAAGACAGUGGAUACCUGACAGACAAGAAUACACUUCCUGUUACUGGACUGCGAUUCGGAGACACAGGCGAGAGACUCAGUAAUGGAGAAAGAGAGCAUGGCUAUCAUACACUGGGAAAAUUACGUUGUUGGGGUUGAGAGAAGCUACGUCAGUUCCUUGCGACUAAUUUUUUUAUGCGCUGUAUGUAAAAUACCCAUAAUUCGAUAUCUCAUUUUUUUAAUAACAUUCUCAAUAUUGAUUGUUUGAUUUGCAAAUUAUCUACCUGAACAUAUCACUGUGUAGGCAACUAGUCAUGCAGUUAAUAAACACGUUUCUUAGGAGCAAGUAAUACCCC